GCAGGAGCUGCGAUCCCGGCGGCGCGGGCGCACAACAAGAUGUUCAAGGUGUCGGCCGUGGUGUGUGUGUGUGUCGCGGCUUGGUGCGGUCAGGCGCUGGCGGCGGCCGUGGCGCUGGCCGCGGCCGGGGGGCGGUCGGACGGUGGUAAUUUUCUGGAUGAUCAACAAUGGCUCACCACCAUCUCUCAGUAUGACAAGGAAGUCGGACAGUGGAACAAAUUCCGAGACCUUUAGAUCCAGCUAAAGAUCCAUGCUUGAAAAUGAAAUGUAGUCGCCAUAAAAUGUGCAUUACUCAAGACUCUCAGACUGCAGUCUGCGUUAGUCAUCGGAGGCUUACACACAGUAUGAAAGAAACAGGGACAGGCCAGAAGCCAUGGAGAAGCCUCACAUCAUCCACUUGCAAGCAGUGCUCAGGAGUGUACACCAGCCCUGUUUGUGGUUCUGAUGGCCAUUCCUUCUCUUCUCAGUGCAAACUAGAAUACCAGGCAUGUGUCUUAGGAAAACAGAUUUCUGUGAAAUGUGAAGGACGGUGCCCAUGUCCCUCAGAUAAGUCCACCAGUUCAAGCAGAAAUGUUAAGAGAGUGUGCAGUGACCUGGAGUUCAGAGAAGUGGCCAAUAGGUUACGGGACUGGUUCAAGGCCCUUCAUGAAAGUGGAAGCCAGAACAAGAAGGCCAAAGCAUUACUGAGGCCAGAAAGGAGCAGAUUUGAUACAAGUAUUUUGCCAAUUUGCAAGGAUUCCCUUGGCUGGAUGUUUAACAGACUGGAUACAAACUAUGACCUGCUGUUAGACCAGUCAGAGCUUGGGAGUAUCUACCUUGAUAAGAAUGAGCACUGUGUCAAGGCAUUCUUCAAUUCUUGUGACACCUACAAGGACAGUUUGAUAUCCAACAAUGAGUGGUGCUAUUGCUUCCAAAGACAGCAAGACCCACCUUGCCAGACAGAACUCAGCAAUAUCCAGAAGCGACAAGGGGUAAAGAAGCUCCUAGGACAGUACAUCCCCCUGUGUGAUGAAGAUGGCUACUACAAGCCAACACAGUGCCAUGGCGGUGUGGGGCAGUGUUGGUGUGUCGACAGAUACGGAAAUGAAGUCAUAGGAUCCAGAAUAAAUGGAGUUGCUGACUGUGCUAUAGAUUUUGAGAUCUCUGGAGAUUUUGCAAGUGGAGACUUCCGUGAAUGGACUGAUGAUGAAGAUGAUGAAGAUGAUAUGAUGAAUGAUAAAGAAGAAAUUGAAGAUGAUGAUGAAGAUGAAGGGGAUGAUGAUGACGAUGGUGAUGAUCAUGAUGGGUACAUUUGAUCCAGCUGAGGUCAAUAGAGCCUACAUUUCUAAUAUUUACAAAAUUACAGCCUAUUGAGAGUUACCUUCUUACCCCCAAACAAAAUGAUUCUAAACCUCUCAUAUAUUUUGUAUAAUUAUUACAAAUAUUGUAGCAAAAAUCCUAGAACUUUGAUGUUUAAAUAAGAGUCAUUUGCUUUCAGUUUAUCUAUGCCUUAGAAAGAAAGACAGUGCAUAUAGAGUAUAGCCAGAAAAAGGGAAGUUGUGAAGAUCUAGGGGAGUAAUUUUUUUCAAAAGAACAAAC